AUGAUAUUCUCACAUGAAGACUACACGGUCGCGUGGAUCUGCGCCUUGCCACUAGAAAUGACAGCGGCAAAGACGAUGCUUGACAAACUCCACAGUCAACUGUCCCAGCCCAAAUCCGACCACAACGCCUACACAUUUGGUAGCGUUAGUGGACACAAUAUAGUGGUAGCCUGCCUACCGUCAGGGGUUUACGGAACCACCUCUGCAGCAGUCGUGCUCGCUCACAUGAUUCCGACGUUUCCGUCUCUCCGAUUUGGGUUGAUGGUGGGCAUCGGGGGCGGUGUACCCAGCAAAGAUGCCGAUAUUCGCGUGGGCGACGUGGUUAUCAGCAUGCCAGCUGCGACCUCUGGGGGCGUGAUCCAGUAUGACUAUGGGAAGACACUUCGUGAUGGAUGUUUCGAACGCACUGGGUCGCUCAACAAGCCACCGCAAUAUUUGCUAACUGCAAUAUCUCAAAUGCGCAGUAAUGUCACGGGUGGAAACAUAUUGAUUGAAGAAAUCGCAUCCGAGAUACUUCAGAAACAUGAAAAGCUUCAAGAACAAUUUUCACGCCCAGAUAAAGAUUGGCUGUUCCAAGCGAGUUAUGGCCAUGAAGGCAAGAGUGCCGACUGCUCAAAAUGUGAACCGGACCAACUAUUUACGCGCAUAACACGAGAAAACAAAGAGCCCGUCAUUCAUUACGGUCUGAUUGCGUCUAAGAACCAAGUUAUGAAAUGUACUACAACACGAGACGCUAUUGCCCGAGAGCUGAAUAUCAUCUGUUUUGAAAUGGAAGCAGCCGGGCUGAUGGACCAGUUGCCAUGCUUGGUCAUUGAAGGAGUUUGCGAUUAUUGCGACUCGCAUAAGCACAAACAAUGGCAAGGGGAUACGCCGCCCUUACUACAGCUGCUUACACUAGAGCUCUUCUGGGAGUAG